AUGAUAAAACGAGCUCUAAGAAAAGAAUCAUCACAUUUGUCAUCCAUCAGUUCAUCUAACCCAGUCCCACUAGAACCUUGCGAUGAAGUCGAAGUAGAGUCUACACCAAUGGAAAUAAAUGACCAUGAAGAUGAACUUAUAGAUAAAUGUGAUGCAUCAACUAUGACUAGUACACCACUUAACUCAUUUUGUAUUGAAAAUUUGCAAUGUGAGUCUAAGUUGGAAGAACUCAAAUUCUAUACUGGGUUUGACAGUUGUGAACAUUUUUGGCUUGUUUUUAACAUUUUAGGUCCCGCAGUGUACCAUCUCUUAUAUUAUCCAACUGAAUCUAAAAUGAGUGUCCGUAUAUUAACUCCAGCAAAUGAGUUUUUACUUACUAUUGUUAAGUUAAGACGAAAUAUGUUAAAUAAAGAACUGUCAUUUAAAUUUAAUAUAAGUGAGGCAUUAGUUAGCCGUAUAUUUAUCACAUGGAUCAACUUUCUUUACUGUCAAUUUAGAGAACUUAAUAUCUGGGUACCACUUAACAUUGCCAAAGAAAAUGCUAAGUUCAAAGGCCGGCAAUGUGCUAGUACAGUUAUUAUAGAUUGUACUGAGGUGAAAAUAGAUCAGCCCAAAAAUCCGGUAUCACAGCAGCUUAUAUACUCAACAUACAAAUCAUGUAAUGCACUAAAAGUUUUAGUUGGCAUUUCAAGUACAGGUAGCAUAUCUUUUGUUUCCGAUAGUUAUGGAGGUUCCAUUAGUGAUAGAUGCUUGUUUGAAAAGUGCGAAUAUGAACACUUCACUUCCAAUACUGUUAAUGAUGCAAUAAGUCCAUCAGGAGAAGCAGCUAAAAAGGGAUGGUCCAAUGAAAUAAAAAGUCCACACCUAAUGACACGAUUACUAGUUGCUUCCUCAUAG